AUGCCCAUUUUUCAGGACGACCUCGAGCCCGACCGCGACCGUCCUUCAACCCAGAGCAGCCCGCUACAGCCAGAACCUACGUCUCCAGUCCCGGGGCGCGUCUCUGGAGACGGCUUACCUACCGAGCUAUGUGAAGGGCCGGUCUCUGAUGAUCCAACAAGGCCAACAACACCCAGGAUAGACGACGAGGCCGCUAUCUCUUGCCGAGCGGAGCUGAUUGAAAGGCUUAAGAGGGGAGAGAGCCCGACUUGGAUCCCGAACCGUCAUCUCGAAUCCAUUCUCCAACGCCGUGAUGGUCCUCCUGUUAAACAUACCUCGACCCAGUCCCCGAGACUGUUGCCUGCGGCCCAGGUCACCCCCGAUAGAGUCGACAGCGGGACCGAAAAUGCUGCAGAAGAUAGGCUGCAGGACGGCUUGAACAUCGAAAGACCAAGGUCAGCCCUGCACAGCGGAGAUUUUACACACGACCAGGCGCAACAAGACAGACGACCGAGUACCCCUGACCGGCAGCGAGUCGAGAGCCGUCUGACCACGGAAUCAUCCUGGAUUGCAACUUCACCACCCCGAGAUUUCAGUCCAUUCAACUUUGACCCGAGGAUCCCGUCCCAGAGCCGUGUUGGCGGGGUCAAGCCCGUCCUUGCAUCGUCGCAGUCGGCGUCUCUUUCGUCGAGCUUCGCCUACCACCCGCCCACAAGUCCGCUUGUGCAAUCCGAAAGUAAUGAUGAAUUGGACUUCUCCAUGGUCCCAAGGAGUCUCGAUGUGCCGACCAGGGACUUGAACCGAAGGCUUUCUGCACUCAACUCGACCGGCUCGUCACCGUUUACCUCGCCUUCCCAACGGCCGUCGAUGGGUGGUUCAAAGUCAUCUUUUGGUCGACGGGAUGGUUCGCGGCCUUGGCAGGCUCAUCAACCCCGAAGAUCUCUAACUUCCACUCCCACUUUCGCUUUUCGUGGAACGCCCCCCCAGUCGACGGCAACUUUCCGUGCUAGACGACCAUCAGUUGGAUCAGAUUCGUCACCCAUUCAGCAUGCAUCCAUGGUUGGCUCGUACGAAGAAAGCAUUCUGCGAGGUCGAAUGUCCACAACGCCGUCGAAGCCGUUUGACUUCACUGCCCAGAUUGGAGUUCUCGGCAAGGGCAAGUGCAAAUCCUGCCUCCGAUGCCCACCACACGUUUUGCUGCCUUUUUCUGCGGUAUACUACAGCUACAGCAAUGCAGCUUAUGGCAGAUCUCGCUCUGACAUUGAUGGGCCAAGCCCGUACGUUGGUCAGAUUGAUCUGGAAAAUGGACUACCAAACCCAGAAGAGGAGUCGAGGUCUAAGAGAAAAGCGCACGGUCGGUAUAUGGACCGACUGCCCGUCAACAACUCCGUCGACAUCCCGAUGCCUGAUUUUGACCCCGAUCAUGACCGACCAGUGGCGUCUCGGUCAAGGCGCCGUACGAGCUCUACAAAGGCGCCGCCAGGUGGCAGCUACCGCAUUCCGGAAAAGGGGCAGAUUCAAAUCAUCAUCAAGAACCAAAACAAAACGGCUGUCAAAUUGUUUUUGGUCCCGUAUGACCUGAGUGGGAUGGAACCCGGUACCAAGACAUUUAUCCGACAGCGUAGUUACUCUGCCGGACCUAUCAUAGACCACGUCCCCAAUCUCAGUGAAACAGAUACGCUGAGUCGUCCCAUGCUCAGGUAUCUUGUUCAUUUGCAUAUUUGUUGCCCUUCCAAAGGUCGAUUUUACCUGUACAAAAGUAUUCGUGUUGUGUUUGCCAACAGGGUGCCCGAAGGGAAAGAGAAGCUCCGGAAUGAAACUACAUGGCCGGAGCCAAGGUUCACACCAUAUAAACCCAUCAGGGUAAUGCAUCCACCACUCACCAUGUCUUCUGGGCCAGGCGCCAUGCUGGCAGCAGACAAGGCCUUCCGACGCCGAAGUCUGGGAACUACUUUUGGUGGAGCCUCAUCUGAAGCGUUUGACAUGGUCGACGGCCUCGACUCUGCUGGUGGCGGAAACACCCUGCUCAUCGAGCCCAUCCCCUUCCGGCUUACUCCUCAAGAUCGGGAAGACAGCGACAUGAGCAACUCGACCAGCAACCCAGUUGCUGGACUUCGCUCACCGGAGCCUUUUCAAGCCAGCCGCCCACCGGCCAAUGACGCAGCGGGGUUGGGCAUCUGGGGUGGCGGCGGCGGCGACGACAAUACCUCCUCACCAUACGAGAAGCUUAGUAGAGAAGAUUUUGGCUACGGAAGCUCCUCCUUCCGCGGCUUCUCCGGCAGCGGGUUCCCUGGCAGAUCAGAAAGCUUACUAUCGCAGCGACUUCGUUCGCUGGGCGUGAAUAGGCCGCAGCCGCCAGAAUCGGCCGAGGACCUAGCUUGA